UUGAAGCCCGGGACAGAAGAUCGGCAGCAGAGGCGCAUCGUGCGAUCUGAAGGGGCCGGCAUCAGGGCUCUCGGGCAUGUCGUAUUCACCGGUGAGGGUCAAUCGAUGGCUAGUAAGAAAGCCACCAACCCCUGGUCGCGAUGGUUCCCUUCAAUAAAGUUGAGGCUGUUGUUGGUCUAUCUUUGACGCCGCUCAAGCAUCUUCUGUGGCUCCUGGAGCCGUUGCAGCAGCCGCCAAGGUUGAGUUUGAUGACAAGAUGAGAAUCCGGGGUAAAGCCCCCCCCCCUGGCUGAUGUUUGACUUUGGCAUUCCAUCCUCGUGGGGUCAGCGUCAUAGAUCUCAACUGUCGGCUCGGUGCGUCGCGUUUCGGCGCCUCGUUUGGUGGUUACACUUGGCUGCAGCAGAAACAGUCGGUUCGUCGUGGUAUGGUUCGAGUAGUCUAGUCGUAGGUUUUGAUCACGACCCGGUGAUGCUCUACGCUUCUUGCGUGACUCUUUGGAUUCGGUCAUUAGGCAGUCCACGGCUGGCCACAAUGAGAGACAGCGGCAGACGUUUGCUCUGCUUCGCACUAGGCUGGGCGGUCCAAUCGAGAUGCCCAAUUCUGCCUACAUCAGUGCGUCGACAUGCAGGCCGAAUUUGUUCCAGGGUGACAUAUGUCCAUCUCUCGGCGCGGGCCCAUCGGUUGCCGGCAGUGCGUUUACACACGGUCGUCGACACUACACGCUAUUUGACGUCUUAGCUCCUUCUCUACCCCCCAACGUGCCAUACUAAGGAGGUGUCUGGAUGGUACCAUGGUGAGGUCAGUGAGAAGCAGUCCAAUCAAACAAAUGUUUAAAGGCUAAAGAGAUUAGCUUCG